AUGGACGGCGAGCCUCCAUCCGCCAAGAGGCGCCACAUCCUAUCGUCUUUCAACCAAGACCGACCGAUAGAGGCAGACACAAGGCGCAAGAAGGAAGCUCCGGAUGAAGAGAGACAUGAGCGCAGAGACUCUCAGGCCCCGAAACGCUCCCCGCCUCGAGACCCAGAGCCUGAAGAUGCGGACGGGGAUCCGCUGCGCCCGAGGAAGACGCGCUUGAAGCUCAAGAAACACAAACAUCGCCAUCGAUCACGGUCGCGCAGCGGCUCCCCACGGCGACAUGACGAGGAGAGCGGCAAUCAUACGAUCGGUGACCGGCACCGGCACCGGCGACGCCACCGCCGGCGACAUAGGUCUCCGACGCCUCCCAACAUCCACGACGCGCCGCCUCUGGACCCGGAAGCGGCAUUUCGGGAGUCUCUGUUCGAUGCCAUGGCGGACGACGAGGCGGCUCUGUACUGGGAGAGCGUCUACGGCCAGCCGGUCCACAUAUACUCGAACGAAAAGGUCGGCCCGCAGGGCGAGCUCGAGCGCAUGACGGAAGAGGAGUAUGCCGCUCACGUGCGGCAAAAGAUGUUUGAAAAGACCCACGCUGGCAUGCUCGAAGAGAAGGCGCGACGGGAGGAGCGCAGGAAACAGCGGGAUCAGGAGGAUCGCGAGCGGCGCAGGACGCAAGACAAGGAGGACAGGCGACAACGCGAGCUGCGCGAGGAGAUGGAACGCAGCCUGCGGCGCGGCCAGGAGCGCAAGGAACGAAAGACGUGGACCGAGCUGUGGGAUCGGUACACGGCCGCGUGGGCAGCCUGGGACGGCGACCCGACGAAAGUUCCGUGGCCGGUCAGAGACGGCGAGCGCAAGUCCAUCGACGAGCAAAACGUGCGCGCGUUCUUUCUCCAGGGCCUGAACCUGAGGGAACUCGGCGAGGGUGCGUUUGCCGCCAAGCUCAGGGACGAGCGCGUGAGAUGGCACCCGGACAAGAUGCAGCAGCGGCUGGGUGGGCGCAUGGACAGCGAGGUGAUGAAGGAUGUGACGGCGAUAUUCCAGAUUAUCGACCGGCUGUGGGGUGAGAUGCGAGCGAAUAAGUGA